AUGGGUAAACACAAAUAGAGAUCUACUUCUGGUUCAAGUAGUAAUCAUAAAAAACAUAAGAGAAAGCAUCAUCAUUAAAAAAAAGAGGUGAAAUAAGAAGUGAAAUAAGAAGUUAAAAAAGAAGAAUUUCCAUAACAACAAUAACAAGAAAUAAUAAAAGAAAAACCAUGUUUUGAAGCAUCUGGAAUAUUAGCCUAAUAUGCAGAGAAUGCAUUAGGUAAUGGUAAAGUUUUAAAGUUUACAAUUCCUUUCGAUGCUAAAAUUCCAACAGCAAAUUGGCAAUUAUUUCCUUUUAAAGGAACACAAUCAUUUCGUAUAUAUAUGUAAUAAUAUUUUAAAGCUUCUAUCCCUCUAAAAGGAAAAUCAGUAUUUUUGAUUGGAAAGGAUAAAGAGAUCGUUGAUAUCUUAAUAGAAAACAUAUCUGUUUCUAAAUAGCAUUGUGUUAUUUAAUUUAGAGAAAUAAAGAAAGUGAAUGGUUAAGGAGAAGUUUUAUCUUAUAUCAAACCAUAUGCCAUGGAUUUAGAGAGUACAAAUGGAACUUACUUAAAUGAAUAACAAUUAGAGCCUGCAAGAUAUUAUGAAUUAUUGGAAGAAGAUGUACUAAGAUUUGGAAAAAGCGAUAGAGAAUAUGUACUUAUAAAAUCAUGA